AUGCCUUUCCGCCCCAUGCCUAAUUACGCCCACCUACGUCACUCAAACAUCCGUAAAAAGCACCGAAGCGCGCAUACAAGCGAAGCCUACUAUAUCAGGACGCACACAGAGGCGAGAACACCUGUCUCGGGAACGAAAGGUGUGCUCACGCGUGCCGGCAAGAGACGACUAUAUGUAGAGUCGAGAGGCGAGAGUGAGAAGUGCUAUGCGCGCGCAGAGCACCGGCACGCCCGCCGCGCGUCCCGCUCGCUCACGAGCCCGCCUGAGAACCGUCAGUCUAUCGCGCGCAGAGGCAGCGCUUUUUUUAAAUUUCGCGCCUUUACUACGUAUGCUAUAGCUGCAGAACCUAUUGUCACGGCGGACGAUAAUCUCGAAAAUAUUCUAGAAGAGCCCCCUUCCGGUGAAGAGGCUGCACGAAGCGCUUCAGAGUGCACAAGUGAAGCGUCAGCGGCUCUCCCCUCCGUACCCCGCACCUCCCACACCCCUUCACCCGAUUCAUCAGCUCGCCGUGCACCAGCAUAUCAAAGUGCAGCAAAGCAUUGUGCAACAGAGCAUCGUGCAGCAGCAUCAGUUGAAUCUGGCCCAUCAGUCGCUGCAGAACUUGCAAGCACAGAGCUUGCAGGCAGCUCAGCAGAGCCUUCAAGCAGCACAGAGUCUGCAGACUCAGAGCCCGGUGGCGACGGGCGGCACAGGCACGCAGCAGGCGGCGGGAGCGACACAGGGCGCGCUGGUGCCACCGCAGCAGCCAUCGCCGCGGGCCGCUUCACCGCAACAUAA